CGAACAAACACUGCAAGUGGGCACACCGUUCUGUCAUCAGGAUGGCGUCUUCCUUCGGAACAUAUGAAACAGCAUCAUCGUUUAGUUUCUGCUCUUUGGACACGGCAGCUACGUUCUACAGUGAGGACAGCUACGAGCUCGAGUUACAGUGGCGCAGAAUUGAGAGACCACCUACUGUCCAGCAGGGUGGGUUUGCAGUUGCCAACAAUCGAAGUGAGAUACCAGAAUCUGUGUUGAAGCAGAAUGUGAAGUGGUUCAUGGAAGGCCCCUUCCUACCCUGUGGAACAGCUUCAAAGGGGAAACAAAAAACUAGUCAAAGAACUGAGCCUUCCACCGAAUGGCUCAGAAGAGCUGUGUUUUUCCAUGCAUUUUCCACAAAACGGAUGGGAGCAGUUCAAAGCAUAUGCCUCUGGAAACAACACUUGUCCUAUUGGAGAAGUCCCAAAUAUAACUUAACACGCCUGUUAAUGGUCAUUGCAUCUUCUUUCCUCUCUGGACUGCUUCUCUGGCAGAAAGGGCAGAAAAUAGGAGCUGAACGGGAUCUUUUCAAUGUAAUUGGAUCAUUGUAUGUUUUCACGGUAGUCACAGGGUUAUCUGGUUGUACAUCUGUACUUCCAUUGGUAGCUGCUCAGCAGAUUGUUGUCUACAGAGAGAGGUUUGCUGGAAUGUAUUCCUCAUGGGCAGAUUCACUGUCACGGAUUUGAAACUCUGAUGCAUGCAUUCCCACUGCCCAGCAUUUCCAAAUGAUAGACAUUGGAUCUUUAAGCUUCUAAUUCUUAACACAAACAUGUUUUUUAUGCUGCAGUUGAUUAUUGAAAUCCCAUGUCUUGUUUGAAGCAGUUUUGUUUUCAAUGAUUACAUAUCCAGCAGUCAACUUCUAUGGGUCAGCCUACAAAGUAUUUUGGUGCCUCUAUGCCAUUUUUUGUACGCUGAUCAACUUUAGAUACUUAGGAAUGAUGCUUGCUUCGUUGGCUCCAACUUUCCAAGUGGCUUCAAUUUACACAAGUUUUUCUAAGACAUUGCUAAGUUUGAUCUCAGGGUACCUCACACCAGAACCAGUAAGCCACCCAUCUCUUUCCUUAGCUCAACAAAAUUAAAUUAAACCA